UUCGCAUAUAAACGGAUUGAACGGGUAACAGAAGUCAGUGUUUCCAACAAAGCGUACAGCACAACUACGACAACAUGAAGACAGUAAUUGGAGUUCUUUGCGUCAUAUUAGCGGCCCAAAGCGUAACUGCACAAUGCCCUAUGCUUAGGACCUUCACUACGGAGUUGAAGCCGGCUUGUGAUAUAAAUGACAUUUACAUUAAAUGGCCCAAUUAUGCGAAUCAAAGCACUUACUAUACCUGCUUUGGCGUGGGAAAUCCAGUGUUGACACCAUGUCCAAGUGGUGAUUAUUUCACUUACGUAUACCAACAAUGCAACCAAUGCAGCGAGUAUAUUCCGCCUCCUAUAUGCGAAAAUCUCAAAACACAAGAUACUCCCAAUUGCGUUCCAAUUGGUUCUGGUAGUAAUAAUAGCCCAACACCAACCAUAACAACUGGCUAUCCAACACCGCACUAUCCAAGUACCAACACAGCGGCAACUGCUAGUACUAAUACUAUGGCACCUACAGUGAUAACCCCUCCGACUGUAAGCCCAACAAGUGCUCCGACCAACACUGCAUACCCCGGACCACCAUCUCCAGUAACUUCGGCGCCGAAUGUACCCACACCUCCAACACAAGCAGCAACACCACCGGUGAUUGAUUUAACUCCACCAGGUGCAUAAGGACCAAAAAUGUUUACAAUUCAAUAUAAAAAAAAAAUUUAUAAAUCUUGUCCAUUGCAAAGAAUCCUGUUUAUGUAUUUCAGAAAGAAAGUAAUAAAUGCUGUACCAGUAUA